CACGUGUCGCCUAGUGAAUUUGAAACAACACUCUUGUUAUAAAACAAAUGAAAAUUAUAUUAUGGCGAUAUAAAAUCUUCUUUAAUUAAAAAGUGUUUUUCAUAAUUUUGUGUGGAACGCUACUUCAAUACUGAAAAGAAAUGAGCAAUUUCGAUUCCAAUGGAAUUAAACGAGGACGGUGUAGAUGUGAAAAGUGCCCCUCUUAUUGCUACAGUAAAGAAAAUUUAUGCUCUUACUGUGGAUGUGUUCCUGUAAAACACAUGAAACUGGAUGAUCAAUCGAAUGCAUCAGAUAAUCAGUCGAAAACAACAGAGGAUCAAUUGAAGACAACAAAUGAUCAAUGGAAUGCAACAGAUAAUCAAUCGAAUGCAACAGAUGAUCAGUUGAAUGAAACUGGGACAGACAACACUCAAUCAGCAAAUAUUGAAUUAAUAGAUACAGAAAAAGUACUUCAAAAUAAUGGAGGAAAUGAUUUGGCUACUAAAGAAUCACUCCCUGAACUAGAAGGUGACAAGGAAAGGACAUCGUACAUUAAUUUACCAAACGAUAUGCAACAAAGAUUGAAUCCUAACUUAUUCAACGAAGAUUCUCACGAGUCACAAGUGAUUAUGGAAUUAACCGAGCGAAUGUCGAAUCAUUAA